CUAACCUUUAACUUCACUCGGGUCUUCAUGUUCAUCUCACUGCAGACUGUAAGAUUUUGUAGCGGCCAUUAACAUGCUCGUCAACAUUCUUUACACAAAGUUGAGCUUUGUAUCUUUGCAAGCCGUAGCUCUGACCUUAGUAUGGUCGGCCUUGGCCGGAAUCCUGGUGUCACGAGCGCGCAAGUCGCAUGACUUCGCUCGCAUUAUUUCCGGCUGGAAUAUGUUUACGACAAGACAUUCUUUAUUUAAUCCGCCUUCUUUUUAGAUUCGACAAAGUGGUCUUCUGGGUGAAGGAGCGGUGAAGAUAUUUCCCUCAUCCAGUUCAGGUUACACAGCCUGGAGUGGCUCUGAUAGUCAGCGAAGCCUUAUGUCCGGCACCAUGACAACUGCCUCCGCCUCAGAAAAGACAUGGCUUGUAGUUGGGGCCUCACGCGGCAUCGGCCAUGAGUUGGUGCGACAACUUUUGAACAAUGGCAACCGUGUUCUGGCCACUGUGAGGGGUUCCGAGUCUGUUCAUGAGCUUUGGGGCAACGAUCAAGCGACGGAAGCUAAUUGCCAGCUUUUGCAAUGUGACAUGCUCGAUGGUAAAAGCAUCAAUCAAUUCAUCACAGACCUGCAGCAUACAGGGACGAAAAGGAUAGAUUAUGUGGUCCUCAACGCAGGAGUGUUGAAAUACCCAAAUAGAGCCACUGAAAUCUCGUACGAGGAUCUUGUUUUUCAUCUGAACACGAACACCGUAGGUCCUAUCAUCACGGCUCGGAAGCUAUUACAGUCCGGUGUCUCGAUUGGGACGAUAGCUUUUAUGUCGAGUGAUUCGGGAUCCUCCACCGAGUUUCGGGAUUUUGAGGAUGGAUUCGCAGCGUACGGCGCAUCAAAGGCUGCGCUGAACCAUAUGCUCAGACACAUGGCUGCAGAGCUCAAACGAAAAGGAGCAGAGACGGUGAUUCUCGCCCUGCAUCCCGGUGAAGUAGCAACCGACAUGGCCAACAUCGAUCUUGGGUGGGAAGUUGAAGGCCAGAUGACUGCAGAACAGUCGGUUUCUGCAUUGCUGGAGGUGAUCCCGAGCAAAACUCCUGAUCAGAGUGGCACGUUUUGGACCUGGGAAAAUAAGCCGUAUCCGUGGUGACGCAAGUCCUGUUAAUAGUGGCACGGCGUGAGGCGACGCUGCGGGUCGCGCGUGCAGGUGCAGCACAAUACUGUAGAUUACACAACUUGUGGUAGGACGCGGGCCGCGAGCUUUGCUGCAGAUCGAAGCCAACUGUCAUGCUGGAUCGUGUACACUGCAAAAAAGGUAUCCGCUGCCACAAGGCGCUAGAGAAUGAUAUACAUGGUGGCAAAGAGAUCCUUGAAUCCGA